UAUGUUAAGCUAUUUUCAUGUAAAGUAAUUAAUGGGACACCUAUCACACAUGCUUCCUUUGUUCCUUCGUUCAUAGUGCAGAGUGAAAGCAAAGCUUGUUUGUGUCCCUGCACCAAGGCAACGUUACACACGCAGGUGGUGAGGCUUCACAAAGUUGGAGCUGAACUGCAGUACACAAGCAUGGAACAGUCAGCACAGAUCCAGCAGGAUGAUUUCUCACACUUUCAACUCAUUCAACAACCGGCCCCUCAGCCUGUUACACUCUUCCAGCAGUUUCCCUCAGCAAUGGCUCCACCUGCACCAACUUUACGGCCGGGACACAUCAGGGAGGAUCUUGUAGAGCUGAUGAUGAUGCAGAAUGCUCAGAUGCACCAAGUCAUCAUGAACAACAUGACCAUGUCUGCACUUAGUUAUUUUGGCUACAUGCAAGCACCUGAGCAUCCAGGUCCACCUGUAACAGCUGAGGUGGAUCCGGAGGUGUAUCAUCACCACUACCCCUGUCCCCCCUGUGAAUCUUACCCUGUAUGGGUUCCUAUGUCUCUGGCACCGAUGCAGUCUCAGGUCCCUCUUCAGACCAUUCCAAGCUUUCAGGAUCCUACAUACCCUCUACACAACACCCACGUAGAACACAGAGACAGGUGAGAGAACACACAUCCUGAUUUACACUAGAACUUUAUGUCCCCAGAACAGCCGUAGCUUUGGUACUUUAAUUCAAGAAUUUCCUGAGAGUUAUGUUAUAUUGCUCAGAGUUACUCAGAAUUAUUAGUUAAGAUCAGGGUCACUAGGUUUGUGUGAGGAACCGAACCAAUGGCCAUUAAAAACUAGUCCAAAAACCAACCGAAUACUUGUAUUGUAAAUGACAUUUACAGAAUAACAUCAUACAGUAGUGAGAAAAUCAAAUAGUUUUCCUAAAAAGUAUAACUCAGGGACCAAAUGGCCUUAUAUUAUA